AUGAGCUCGCUCGACUACAGGCUGCGCGGAUCCCCCGUCUUAUUCAGUAGCGCCCUCAGACUACUGAAUGAGCUUGAGCAGAAUCUGAAUGAAACACAUGCUAUCGUUUCCGAGGCGCGCCUGCCUUAUGAACAGCAAACGCCAUCGAAGGGUUCUGAUGAUGAUAGCGACCGUGGCUCGUCCAGCGAGGAAGAGGGAGACGACUCUGACAGCGACGAGCCUAGAAGCGAGUUGCGGAUGAGAUAUGAAGAAAUCGUGGAUAUCAUCGACAACCUCUACAAGCUCAGCGUCCGCAUCCGGACACCGACAGUACGCUCAAGAUCGCUCAAAGCCUCUGCCUACACGCCAGUGGAUCCAGAAACUGGUGUGGAUAUCCUCGGUGUGUAUGCUGAACUGGAUCGAAAGCAUGUUCGAGAGCUACUCUCGCAGCUACGGAAGACGCAUCCUGCACAGAAUGAGGAAGAUCAGGACUUCUUGACUGAGCGGUUGAGCUCUUCAAUCACAUUGCGCAGGCGGCAUUUCAAGUAUUGGAAGCGUCGUAAGUUCGACAACUAA